CAACUAAUGUACCUGUUCAAAUGUUUCUUCACCUAUGUUUCCAUCAACCUCUUUUGUUUCUCUGGAUAUUCUCACCUUCCUCAUCUCUCUUAUAACAUUCUCAUUGUCAACAGAAAAAUGAAAAAAAUCCCAUUGUCUUAUUUUCUUCCUUUAAUUUAAUUUUGGCACCCCCCUCUUUCUCUCCAAUCCAAUAUGGGAGACCACCCACGCUCCCCAACAUUGGAUUUGCAUAACAUCUUUAAGAUUCCAAAAACUAAAUCUUUGAAAGAUGUUAGCAAGGUUUACAAAUCUUUUGUAUCCAAAAGGCAACAUGACAAGAAAUCUCAUGAGGAACCAACAACACCCUUAGGUUUUGAUCACAUUAAUGACAAUAGAAGAGUGGAUGAAGACUUUUGGAGUACUAAUUUAAUGUCAAGAAGUGAAAGUAGAAGAUCAAAAACUCCAACACCAAGAACAAGGCCACUAUCAAGACAUGGAAGCAGAAGAUGCACAACACCAACACCAACCUCAUUAUCAAGAAGUUCAAGUAGAAAAAGUGCAACAGAAAUUGCUGCAUCAUCACUGAAAAGGAUUGUGAGCAGAAGGAGUAGUUCAUCAGCAGCUUCUUUAUCAAGAAACACAAGCAAAUUGGACAUCUCUGAACCUGAGCUAUUGCCUAAUUUUCCAACAUCUCCAACAGAUGAUUUUGUGAUAAAAAGCUCAAGAGAAACUGGACAUAUACAUGCAGUGUCUCUGUCAAGCAAUCUCAGCCGUAGAUCUACGACACCUAUCAUAUUUUCACAGACAACAGUAAGAAGAAAACCACCAGAAGUACAGAAAAAGCUUCAUUGCACACUUGAGGAGUUAUGCUUUGGAACAGUCAAAAAGAUUAAAGUUACUAGAGAUGUUAUCAAACACCCCGGGGUGAUUAUCCAGGAGGAAGAAAUAUUAAAAAUAGAAGUGAAGCCAGGAUGGAGAAAAGGAACAAAGAUUACAUUUGAAGGAGUUGGUGAUGAGAAACCUGGAUACCUCCCUACUGAUAUAGUAUUUUUAAUUGAUGAAAAGAAACACCCUUUGUUUAUGAGAGAUGGCAAUGAUUUGGAAAUUGGUGUUGAGAUUCCUCUAGUAGAUGCACUUGCAGGCUGCUCCAUACCAAUUCCUCUAUUAGGAGGAGAUAAGAUGACUUUAUCAUUUGAAAAUACUGUCAUAUACCCUGGAUUUGAGAAGGUUAUUCAAGGUCAAGGAAUGCCAAACCCUAAAAAUAACAGUACAAGAGGUGACCUACAUGUCAAAUUCCUCAUUGAUUUUCCCACAGAACUAAAUGAUGAACAAAGGAAAGAAGCUGUUAGUAUUCUACAAGAUUGUUGCUAAUAAUGAUCAUAGUUGUAUUGUAUGUAUGAAGAUGCAUUAAUGUGCUACAAAUUAACAUGAUAGAUGACAGAAAAUAUUUUACCAACAGUUCAAAAAAGUUUCUGGUAUCAUGUAUGCAUGGUCUGAUAACUUCAUGCAGCUUUGCACUUCUAUCCAAGAACAUCAAUAACUAACAGGCUGCAAACUCACUGAAGCACAUCAGUAAUCUGACACAUUUUACGCCGAAAGAAUGAAGAUAUUGGUUUAGCUUUCAUAUGAAGUGCUGUUGGGCGCUGAUGAAAAAAGAAAAGGAACUUCCAACACUGUUACAGCUAUAUGUUGUCUUCAAUAAUAGUUUCAAUUACAGUGUCUCCUUUCAGCACAGUUUUCUCCAUCCAAGGCAAAAGUGGGGAUUACAGAAUGCAACUCAACAUUAUUAGCACUAUCAACUAGGUUACUGAUUCAUAUAGGACAUAGAAUUUACCUAUCCAAUUAUUUGAGGAGAUAGAUUAUUUCUCCAAAUAUACAAGUUAUCUAUCUCAAACAAUGGUCAACAAAUGUAACAAGAGUUUCUAACUAGUCUCUGUUACUUCAGCUUCAGCUAGUAAUUAGCUCAUGCAAAUGUCCAUUUUCCUCAUUUCUCAUUUUUCUUUAUACUCUUUCUCCCUUUCUUUUUAUUUUUCUUUUCCAUCACAUCUCCCAUUUCCUCUCUUUCGCUACAUUUCUCAGGUAAAUCCAUUCUCAAAUAGUUUAACCAAUAGAAAAUGAGCUAAUCAAAUAUAGUUUGGUUUUUCAGUCUAGUCUCUAGCCAUUUACAGAUGCUAUUGCAGGGGAUUUGUUUUGGCUGGGAUAU